UUCGUUCUCCACUCCCAAGUCCCAAGUAUAUAAACCGAGGCUAGGGUUUCGGAUACGCCGUUGCUUCCGCCGCGCUUGUAUCGUCUCCACCUCCCUCCUAGGGUUUCUGCGCUCUCUCCCUCUGAUCGACCAUGGCGGAGCAGACUGAGAAGGCGUUCCUGAAGCAGCCUAAGGUGUUUUUAUGCUCAAAGAAAUCUGGAAAGGGAAAGAGGCCUGGCAAGGGUGGAAACAGAUUUUGGAAGAGCAUCGGACUUGGGUUCAAGACUCCCAGGGAAGCUAUUGAAGGAACCUAUAUUGAUAAGAAAUGCCCAUUUACCGGAACUGUGUCGAUCAGGGGUCGCAUCUUAGCAGGCACAUGCCACAGUGCUAAGAUGAACAGAACCAUCAUUGUCCGUCGGAAUUACCUUCACUAUGUUAAGAAGUAUCAGAGAUACGAGAAGAGGCAUUCGAACAUACCUGCGCACAUAUCGCCCUGCUUCCGUGUGAAGGAAGGAGAUCAUGUUAUUAUCGGCCAAUGCAGGCCUCUGUCUAAGACCGUGAGGUUCAACGUGUUGAAAGUCAUUCCGGCUGGAUCGACGGGCGGUGGUAAGAAGGCUUUUACCGCAGCCUAAGGUAGCCAGCUAGCUUCCUGAGGAAAAAGAUUUUAAGAGUGCUGGAGCUGGAAGAAAAUUUACGCUGCUGAGCCAGCUAUUGUAGGGUUUAUUUGUUUUAUGCUUUUGAGAUAUUUUGUUGGCUGAAAUUAUCUGAGCUUUUGAACAGAGAAUGAUAUAGAUUACGCCAUGCUGUUAUCCGAACUGUUUGAUUUUGGGAACUGGCGAGUCUGAGAUUGUGGGUCUGAAAUUUUAAGCAGUUGCAGUUCUUCAUCAU